GACUACGUUAACAAGAAUUCGAUAUUAAGUUCCUCAGAGAUGCAUGUGUUCAUGAAGAUAAUGUUUAUGGCGAAAAUCAUCGCAAUCCUGAGUGUUUUCAUUCUAUAUGAAUAUGUAUAGGCCUAUAUACAUAUAUAAAUAUAUAUACAGUGUAUGCCUCCUACGGGUUGGGAAAGCCCAGCGGAAGUAGGUGUACAAUUUAGUUACAAUAAAAUUUUAUACGUUUCGGUACGAUGUAAUGAUAAAUAGCCAGAGUGGCACUAACUCCCCAACAUAUGUUGAAUCGAGACAGCAAGUUGUAGUAUAUACUGUUAACCAAAGACCAGAAUUUCUUAGAGUUUUCAUUAUGGCUGACGUGUGCAUUACAUCAUCACGAGUCCCGUACGUGAUCAAUGGAUCUGGUAUCAGUUUCCCCAUGGUAUCAUCCCCUUGCGGCGAAACAAAGCAGUUUAUAACGGCCCAGUUUCCGGCGCUUUCGUCUAUCUUUACACGGGAAGAAACCUUUCGUAACUGGCCAACAAACAAACACCAAACUCCGCUAGAGCUAGCUAAGGCAGGAUUCUUCUACGCAGGUUUUAGCGACUGCACUCGAUGUUUUUGCUGUGGGAUUGGACUCAGAAACUGGUUGCCAGGAGAUUCACCGCGUAACGAGCAUGCGCAUUGGUCUCCAAUGUGUGACUUCGUCAAACUAAUGCGGGAAGACAACUCUACACGAUAUGGCGGAAGUCUGGAGGUCGAGGGUUAUCAUACAACCGGAAGAGGUACAUCCAAUACGCCUCCCAAUCCCGACAAUGCUGCUAUAGUGGAGAGUGUGCUGAAGAAGCCAUGCACAGCUAGUCUGGUAAUUCUUGGAUUUUCUCUUAAUGUCAUCAAGCGGGCCGUGAAGAUAGUUCUGGCAGAAUCAGACUGGAAUGAGUGGCAGGUGACCACGUCCCGAUUGGCUGAGGUUGUCCUGGAUAUCACAGAGGAAGGCACAAAUUCCACCGCUGACAGGGGUUUUUCAGAUGAGGUCAUACAUACUCAGCGCAUUGGCGAAGGCUUAAGUGACGACGACUUCAUGACGUCAAGUAUCGAACUCGAAAGAUUGAGACUAAUUGAGGAGAACGAGCGCUUGAGACAUGCACGGACCUGUAAGGUGUGUCAAGAGACAGACGUAUCCGUCGUCUUCAUGCCGUGUCGUCACUUGGUCACGUGUCCAGAUUGUUCCGCCUGCAUUGAACACUGUGUGCUUUGUCAGCAACCCAUCAACGCCAGGGUCAAGGUCUACACGUGAGCAAAACGUGUCAAGGUCCAUCCAGACCCAACCACUCUUUGCCAUGUACAGCUUUGACCACUAGAAAAAGUUCUACCGCUCUACGAUUUGUGUACUUAUCAACCCACCCAAUGCUGCUUCUUCAGAGCCUUGUAAAUCAGUUCUCCGCAUUGUUUGAAGGGCUGUGUUUUCGUGACAUGUAUAUCUAUCUGUUUAGAAGCCCACUAUCUCCACGGUCGCGCCAGGAUCCUUAUCUUUAUCCUAUUUGACUCAUUGCCUAGUAUGUUGCAGCAGGAUACGGUGUGUCACAUAAAUCAGCAUUAACAUAUCAAACAGGUAUGUCAUUAUCCAUUGUUAUAUAUUUGCUUUGGCAUUUAAUUAUAUCUCUGAUAGUUGAAUUGCUUAUGAUAGUUGUUCGACACCACUUCAUAUCUCUUACACAUUCCUCAGGGUCCGGCAAACCUAUAGCUUUUAUAUAUUUUCAGUAUGACUUUCUAUAUCUGAUUGUUACGUUUCUGACACUAUGUAAAUUGCUGUAACUUUUGUGGUCCUUCAAAUCAUGUUUAUAAUGUCUCGUUUAUGUGAUUCAUGUUAAUGACUAUUUAAACCAUUGUUUAUUUAUUUAAACGUGUUAUCUGGACUUGAACUCACACCGGCCGCCUUGGUGAGAGGUUCUACGGUCAUUGGGCCUCGCUGGCAUGCUAACCACAUCUACCACGGAGGCCCCAACCAUUGUGUAACUGUUUCACUUUUGUCUCUCUAACUAAAGUGGUGUGAUUCCGAGACCUAUGUCUUGAUGAUAGUUUAAACCAUUGUUUAUGUCUCUGGUACUAAUUGAAGUGCUUUGACUUCCGAGUCCUUUAAACCAUGUUUUAUAUGUGUUUUAAUCUGCUUUAUGUUGAUGGUUGUGCCAACGUUGUUUAAGUCCCUGGUACUGAUUACAGUGCUGUAACUUACGGGUCGUGUAAACAAGUGUUCGUUUACACGUAUAGUAAUUGCUAUGCAAUACUUCAUAUAGUUAUCGCGUAAUAUUUAUCGCAAAAUGGAUUUAUAUUUUUUGAGACUAUAGUCUGAAACUGAAAUCCCUAUUGUAUUUAUGAGAGUUAUACAUUUUCUUUUCUUUUCAUUAAUAUUUUACGAUGAACUAUGCUUUUGUGUUACGUACAUGUUGCUUGUUGUUUUGAUUGUUGUUUGGUGUUUGCUGUUGGUUGAAUUUGACGAAUAAAUAAUGAAUGUAUCCACCUAUAUACUAUCAACUGUCGGCAAACAUUCACAAAAAUACCUCGCGGAGUAGAUGGGAGAAUUGCACAUGCGGCCAAUUCUUGAUUGCAGAUUGUCUUUAAUGAAAUAGCGAGACAAUGAAACUUGAAAUGACCACCCACCAUCUCGUGAAAAUCUGAGUGAAAGAACCAUCUGCACGCUAUUACUAACUUGUCACGGCUAUGGACAGUAUGUGCCGAAGGUUUCACGUCAUGACCAGAAACAACAUUGCCUGUGUUGAUGUAUUGACAAUUCACACAAAACACAGAAAUAUCACCUUUUACAUUUAAAACCCCCAAAAGUGUCAUUUGUUAGCCUGACGAGACGGCGAUAGAUUUUACACAAAACUCUUUUUUUCCUCAAGGAACAUAAAUUGACAUGAU